AUGGAUGAGCCACGGGGCCCCUCGAUCACGUGCCCCUCAUGCCGCAUCAGCAUUGUGCCCUCUCGGGCCCGCUCCAUGUGCCCCUUUUGUGGGAGUUUUUACAACAGAGCAGCAGACAACGAUGUUACUUUGAGAAGGCGGAAUUCUGGGGAUCCUGUAAGACUGCCGCAGCUGGUUGACAAUGGAAACAACCCUCCGAGAUCUCAGCCAGAAUUUUUCCUGCGAGGAAGCGUCCGAUCCUCAGAUGAGGAAGACGCUGGCAGUAGGCAGAUUGUCCAAGUCACUGGAUUUGGUCCUCUCAUCACAGACACCCUUGGCGUCAUUCACACUUACAUCACAGGUCUCUUGUUACCACCGACCUCUCCUGAGUCCACUCCUGUUUAUGUCUCUCUGCCACCCAUUAGCCAGGGUGGAGAAGGACAACUGGUCACUCUGAGGGGAGAGGCUCGGAGGGAAGCUUAUGUGGCUCCUGGAGGACGCAGCCCCCUUCUUUCACCUUCCACCAAGAGUCCCAUGUUGGAGGAUCUCGAAUCAACGCUCAUUCUUUAUCCUACUAAAGAGACCUCCCUCCGGCAACUCAGGGAAGAUAUAGAAGAAGCCAAGAUAACUGGUGACUACAUGAGACUGCAGGAAUUUUACGAGACCACUUUCGGUUCUCUCCUAGACAUAUGUGCCACAUUUAAGAUAAAUCCCGAUUCGGAAGGUGCCAAAGCAGAAGAUCCAGAAUUAAGGAUGGAUUUUCUCUACGAAGCCUAUGACAAUCUAGCAGAUACGCCUACUUAUGUGACAAAAGCGGCGCUCAAGGCAACCAUUGGUGCUGUUUUAGCAAACAACGUCAGGCUAAAAGCUAAAGAUGAAACAAAAGCAUUAUUUGCUCUAUUACAUAAUCCCUUGUUUAGUAAUCAGUCAUCCUACACGGUAUUUGCUCACCUAUUCCGCAGACUUGUCGCCCUCAGUAGCGGCGAUCACCAGUUGCUCAUCAAUUGGUUUGCAAGGACGGAUCCAGAAAGACUAAGACAACUUGUAAAGAGGAUCUUGCAGUUUAUAACUAUUCGAGAAUUCCCUCCAGCGAACGGUCACAAGCUGCCAUCUAUCAGCAAAAGUCGAUGGUGGAUACCGAGUGCCACAAGAGUUCUUGCUCUAAUAAACACAGCAAAUAGCAAGAACUCCCCAAAUCUGAUACCCUAUACAGAAUUUUACAACAGCGCCCUCGAUCAUAUCAAUCUUAUGGCAGAAUACUACAGGUGGCAAAAUCCGACAAAAAAUCAUAAAUUCUCCUACUGUCAAUAUCCUUUUAUUUUGAGCAUAGUAGCCAAGAAGAUGAUUCUGCAACGAGAUUCUGAACAGCAGAUGAUUCUCAACGCAAGACGCAGCCUGAUGAGCCGAGCGCUUCAUCAACAAGCUCCAGACAUCGACGUCUUUUUCCUGAAUCUAAACGUCAGAAGGUCGCAUCUGGUUUCAGAUUCUCUCAAUGAGAUAGCAAGGAAGCAGUCUGACUUGAAAAAGAAACUGAAGGUGACUUUUGUUGGAGAGCCAGGCCUGGACAUGGGAGGACUCACCAAAGAGUGGUUUCUUCUGCUUAUUAAACAAAUAUUCGACCCAGACUACGGUAUGUUUGUGUACCAUAACAAGUCCAGAUGCUAUUGGUUCAGCACCACACAGGCAGGCAAUUUGAGGGAAUACAAUCUCAUAGGCGUUCUGAUGGGCUUGGCUGUGUACAAUUCCAUCAUUCUAGAUUUGCACUUCCCGACUGCCUGUUACAAAAAGUUGCUGAGCCCUCCAGUGGUCCCCCAGAAUUUGCAACAUGCCAAUGUAGGUGUCUGGAAGUUCGGCAUCGAUGACCUUGCAGAAGUCAUGCCAGAUGUUGCAGUUGGACUUCGAGAACUUCUUUCUUACGAGGGAAAUGUUGAAGAAGACUUCUGCAUGAAUUUUCAGGUGUCUGUUGAAGAAUUCGGCGGUGUGAAAACUCACGUGUUGAAGGCGGAUGGGGAAAAUAUUCCUGUAACAAAUGAAAACAGGCAAGAAUAUGUACAGUUGUAUACGGAGCUUAUUCUAAACAAGGCCAUAUAUCAACCUUUCAAAGCGUUUUAUCUCGGAUUUCACAGCGUAUGUGCAUCAAACGCUCUUAUUAUGCUUCGUCCUGAAGAAGUGGAAAUGCUUGUUUGCGGUUGUCCAACUCUCGAUAUGGACGAGUUAAGGAAAGUCACCGUGUAUGAUGGCUUCCACGAAGAAGAGCCCAUCAUUAAAGAGUUUUGGGAAAUUCUGAAAAGUUAUAGCCCUGAUUUGCAAAAACAGUUCCUAAGAUUUACAACUGGAAGUGACAGAGUUCCUGUUGGAGGAAUGGGAGAGAUGACAUUUAAAAUCUCUGCCCUUAAUCACAAUACUGAUAUGUUGCCCAUUUCUCACACCUGUUUCAAUCAGCUAGUACUCCCGAGGUACAAGAACAGGGAUAUUUUGAGAGAAAAAUUAACGAUCGCCAUUUCCAAUGCUGAAGGAUUUGGGCUGGAAUAAGCGCCCUCUGUUGUUGCAUCCUGUACUACUGAGAUAAAAAUAGAGAUUUAAGAAAUCGAUUUUUUUUAAAAAUCGGAUAUGAGAUAAAUAAACUUUCUACUGGAAUGCAAAGUAAGCAACUGGAGCUGAAUAGAUUGCUGAACAUUUGGGAUAGCCUUUCGGAACGAAAGUUACUAUGAACAAAAAUAUACUGUACAUAUAUGCUAUCUAAAAAUUCA